GUCAAUCGCACGCGUGACCCACGGUAAAGGUCUAGUAGCAAUUUACAACAACGAUGAUAAUGAUGUCAAUAAUAAUUAAAGUUUUUACCAAAAUAAUAAAAAACAACUAAAUGAAUUCUUAGAAGCAAGUGGGGAAGUUGGCCAAGUCUUGAAGUAUAAUCAUCUCAUCUAUCUCAUCGUGCAUGCAUUUUGGUGCCUCUUUUCUUUCUCCUUUCUUAUUAUUCUGCAUGCACACGCCUUCUCUCUUUCUAUCUCUGCUCCUCACUCUCUCUCUUUAUUCUUCUUUUCUCUCCGGUCACCGUCGAUUCAAUUCUCUCUCCACUUCUUCUCCUCCGGUUAGUUUCCAACGAUUCUUUCAAUUAAGACUCGCUUCUCCGCGCCGCUACGCAAAUGCAAAACUGAAACCACAGCAGUAUGCGCGCGGCCGCCUUAUCUAAAUAACCUCCGGCUAACGGGACUUUCCUCUCGAAAUUCCGGCGACGCAAGCUUCGUUGUUCGGUUUGAUUUUUUUGUUGUGGAAUUGAAGUUGAAAAUGGAGUCAAAGUGCUGCAUGAAUAUGACGUGUGCUACCUCUACGUCGAUUCGGUGGCGCAAAGGUUGGCUUCUUCGAUCCGGUGAAUUUGCCGAUCUAUGUGAUAAGUGCGGUGCUGCUUAUGAGCAAUCAGCAUUUUGUGAUAUGUUCCAUGCGAAUGAUUCUGGUUGGAGAGAGUGCACUUCUUGUGGCAAGCAUCUCCAUUGUGGAUGCGUUGCUUCAAGGUCGCAGCUUGAAAUACUUGAUACUGGUGGUGUCAGCUGUAUAACCUGUGCAAGUAAUUCAGGACUUCACCCUAUUGCUAGUACUGAAAAGGUUAAUGAAUCUGGGACAUCAAAGAUAAUAAAUGUCAGUGCGCAGCAGUCCAUAUCUCUGGCUAACCAAUUAAAUGUGAGGGAUAUGCAAGUAGGGAAUUAUGGAGAGAAUGACGGGCUAAGAUGCUGGCUCAAACCUCACAAAGUUGAUACAGAUGGGCCUUCUACAGUUAUCAAACCAGAAGUUUUACCCUCUGUUGGAGAAUUUGGAAGCACUUUGAUAUCGCAAUUUCAUCGAGAGUCAAAUGGAUCAUCUAGGACUGCGAACGCAGAGAACUGUAAGGCAGACGAUGUGCAAGAUAUAUAUGAAUCACUGGCACCUACAAAUUUGAGUAUGACUGUUGCUGCUCCUUUGGUAAAUUUGAAUCCCUUUCAUAACGUCCUUGUUGAUGAAAGGGAACAAAGCAAAGCAUCACCUUCACUUCUAUUGGGGUCUAGAUCUCGCCAUCUUUUACCUAAACCCCCUAGGCCAACUCUUUCUUCAGGUUUAGAAGCAAAUGCAGGCACAGUGUCCCAGAUUCGUAUAGCAAGGCCUCCUACUGAAGGACGGGGAAGUCCACGAUAUUGGCCUAGAAUUACAGAUCAAGAGUUGCAGCAAAUAUCAGGAGAUUCAAAUUCCACAAUCGUGCCACUCUUUGAAAAGAUGCUUAGUGCAAGUGAUGCUGGUCGAAUCGGCCGAUUGGUUCUACCAAAAGCAUGUGCUGAAGCAUAUUUCCCUCCUAUCUCUCAACCGGAGGGCCUUCCUUUGCGAAUACAAGAUGUGAAAGGAAAAGAAUGGAUGUUUCAAUUUAGAUUUUGGCCAAAUAAUAAUAGCAGGAUGUAUGUUUUAGAAGGUGUAACCCCUUGUAUUCAAUCAAUGCAACUGCAAGCUGGCGAUACUGUGACAUUUAGCCGUAUGGACCCUGAGGGGAAACUUAUAAUGGGGUUCAGGAAGGCAACAGAUUCUGCUUCAGUACAGGAAACUUUUCCGUCUAAAAUGCACAAUGGUUCUCAUUCAAGUGAAACUUCCUAUUCUGGUGUUUAUGUGAAUGUACCUAUAUUAAGUGGUUACUCUGGCCUUCUUCAGUCACAAAAGGGAUGUUCAGAAAACCACCUAAAUGCGCUGUCUAAUAGAUGGAACUCAGCUGGUGGUGACAUGGAUUGGCAUAAUGUAGAAAUGCCUCAAAGCAGGAAAAGAGAUGGAUUGUGUUUGCCACCCAUUCUGGUUCCCGAGAAGAAAAAAACUCGAAAUAUUGGGUCAAAAAGUAAGAGGUUGCUUAUUGAUAGCCAGGAUGCACUGGAGCUGAAACUUACUUGGGAAGAGGCUCAGGAUUUACUUUGUCCACCUCUAGCAGUUAAGCCAAGUGUUGUCAUGAUUGAGGAUCACCUAUUUGAAGAAUAUGAAGAACCUCCUGUCUUUGGAAAGAAGAGUAUAUUUGUGGUACGAUCAACUGGGAUAAAUGAGCAAUGGACACAGUGUGAUAGUUGCUUAAAAUGGCGGAAGUUACCAGUUGAUGUACUUAUUCCCCCUAAUUGGACAUGUAUGGAGAAUUUAUGGGAUCAAAGCAGCAGGUGUUCAUGUGCUGCUCCCAAUGAAUUGAACCCAAGGGAACUGGAUAAUCUUUUGAGAAUGAACAAGGAGUUCAAGAAACAAAGACUAGCAGCAGCUAGCCAGAGGUCAGCACUGGAACGUGAAUCUUCUGGUCUUGAUGCUUUGUCAAAUGCUGCAAUAGUUGGAGAUGAUGCAAGUGACUCUGGCAGGACCCCAGUUGUGACCACCACAAGACAUCCUCGUCAUAGACCCGGGUGCUCCUGCAUCGUUUGUAUCCAGCCACCAAGUGGAAAGGGCAAACACAAACCUACAUGCACCUGUAACGUGUGCAUGACAGUUAAACGUCGGUUUAAAACCCUGAUGAUGCGAAAGAAGAAACGUCAAUCUGAGAGGGAAGCUGAGAUUGCUCAGAAAAAUAUGCUAUCAUGGAGGACCAAAGAUGAAUCAGAAGGAGACAGCACCUCUCGACAUUUAACUCCAGUUGGUGGUUCGGAGAAUCAAGCAACAGUGCUAAAUGAGUUGGAUUCAAGGAGUCAAGACCAUGUGUCUGAAGCAGCUAAGGGACAAUUAGACCUGAAUUGCCAACCAGACCGAGAAGUCAUGCAAUCUGGGCAAAACACUCUGAGCAUGAUGACUCUUCUUGAAGAAGCAAUUCUCCCCCUGGAGACAUACUUGAAGCAAAAUGGUCUUUCUAGCUUGAUAUCAGAGCAGCAAACAAAUUCAGAUACAAAUGUGCAGGCACAGACAACCAAUGAGAGUGAGGGUAGACAAAAUGAAGACUGCCAUACUGCUUCUGCAGUUCAUGAACAGGAAGGCAGUCCUAAAGAGAACAGUGGGCAAGAAAGAGACCAAAACAAUUCUCUUUCAUGAAGCCGUGCCGCCUUCAUUUUAUUUUUUCGCUUUUCUUUACUCUGAAAUCAUCAUACAAGAAUUCUUGCGUAAGUUAUAAUGCUACAUGAGGUUUGAUUGGGAUGUCUAUAUUGUUUUUUAUUGUCUUUUUCUGUCCUAACUGUGAAUUUUCCCCCUAUACAUAUAUCUUUAUUAUUAUAUAUAAAAAA